AGUCAAACAACUGGAAAAUGAUAAGCGUAUUUUAUUUUCUGCUGAUGCUCAGAGUUGGGCGAUGCACAGGUGAUCAGAUGUUUGGGACAAAGACUGUUGGUGUUGGGGAAGAUGUGACUUUAAAUUGUAACCGCGAUCAAUCUGAGUACACAGCAUCCUUGUUUUGGAUCAGAAUAGUUUCUGGAAACUUUCCUGAAUUCUUGGCAGGAACACUUAGCAUUGAUUUUCAUGUUGUUAACAAGACUCCUCACAUUUCGGCAAAACAAGAGCCUGGAACAUUUAUUCUGCAUAUUAAUAAAACAAAACCCAGCGAUACUGGAGUUUACUACUGCAUAAAGGCAGAACGGACCAAAAUUACGUUUUUGAAAGGAACACUUCUGAGAAUCAAAGAAUCAUGUCCUCAUGUUACCGCCAUCAUCCAAGACCAUCCAUCCGUUCCAGUCCGUCCAGGAGACUCAGUGACUCUUCAGUGUUCAGUCCUCGUGGACUCUGAGAAGAAAACAUGUCCAAGUCAACACAGUGUGUUCUGGUUCAGAGCCCGAUCAGAUGAAUCUCAUCCCAGUUUAAUUUAUGCUCGUGGAAACUGCGGUGAUGAAUGUGAGAAGAGUCCUGAGGCUUACUCUCCACAGAAAUGUGUUUAUAACUUUUCUAAAAUCGUCAACUCCUCUGAUGCUGGGACGUAUUACUGUGCUGUGGCCACAUGCGGGGAGAUUUUAUUUGGAAGUGGAACAAAAGUGGACAUUGAAGCAUUCAACAUGUGGGAUUUGCAAAAGGCCAACACACUUCUGUUUGUGUUAUGUGCAGCUUUGGCUUUAAGUCUGACCAUUAUUGCCUUCCUGAUUCAUACCAUCAAGAAAAAAACUUGUGCUUGCUGCAACACUGCCGAUCUGCAAACAAAUGCUGCAACAGCCAGUGGUGAUCAGCAAAGUGAGCAGAGCAGCAAGUCAUGGAGUGGGUGCGAGACAUUGUCCAAAAUGGCAUGUGGUUUGGACAGCAUCCUCCACUCUGACAACACCGACAGAGAGUCCAGCUCCACCCCCACAACGUCACUGGCCUUGCGGAUCAGAUCGAAGUCAGCUUCCUGA